AUGGACGGCGACGACAACACUGAGCCACGCGCGGUGCAUGUCGACAAAGGCAAGGCGCGCGCACGUGAACCUACUGAACGAACUCCACUACUUGGCUCAACAUCGGGCAUCCUUGAGGACGCAGUUGAGUCUUCUAACUCACGACAACGAGGGCUUAGGUCCCAGCUCCUCACCGUAUUCGUAGCGUCAUUCUUGAUAUGCACUGUCGGGCUAGUCCUCACUAUUCUCUUGGCCUGGUCUUAUGCAUCCAGAGCUUCCAACUUGGAUCCACAAGCCAUCAUCAAGAAUAACCUGGUGUUCCGCGGUCCAGAUCGAAUCGACGUUCUAAACAUUACAAAGGAGGGUGAUAUUUGGUUAAACAUCCGCGGGAGAGUUGGAUUGGAUGCAGGAUCAGUCAUUGGAGUUCAGUCUGAUGAAAAUGAUAAUAUCUUUACAGAUAUAUGGAAGUCUAUUGGGCGGUGGGGUGUGCGUGCUCUGGAUGUAGUCUCAGUCAACCUCACCACCAUCUCAAUAUCACCUGAAUACGACCCAACAAUCGUUCUUGCAACCCUGGAUAUCCCGCCUGUCGAAAUACCACUUUCAGUUGAACCGCCGAAUGAUGUUUCCUGGUUAACCCCAAUGUCACAGCCAGUACGAGUGCAAAUCUCUUCCAAUCACAGUUUAUUGCUUCAAUUCGUGAAGAAUUCGUGGAAGAAUGGCGUACUUUCCGUACGAACAAGUGUAGGGCAAGCAAAUAUUCAGGGCGGUUCCCUGAAUUCGUAUGAUUGGCGACGCAGGUUCAGUAGUAAACUCUCCAACAUCCGCACCCCACUACAGAUAAAACUUCCAUCUUUACCUGGUUUUCCCCGUCCUGGGAGAGAUAUGCCUCCUAUAUCACAGCUAAUUACGCUCAAAUCCUUCAACGUUUCUUCCAAUGACGACCAACUCAAUCUCCAGGCUACUGCCAGUGUCAUAAAUCCAGCACCACCAUCAUUCAGCUUAUCAGUACCGUCACUACCUUUUACAGUAUCUCUUCCAGAUACUGUAGCCAUCGCACUUGCCUCUGUAACGACACUACCGUUCAGCCUUACCCCUCAAAAUGCUACCGUAUCUAUGUCUGGCGAAGUUCUCCCUAUUUCAACAAAACAUUUUCCUGUUCUCUCCCACUUUGUCUCCCGUUACCUAUCAGGCGAAUCCAAUACAGUACUUGUGUCGUCUGACCUGAUAUCCGACGUCUAUAUGGAAGCUGAUUUUCCAGCACCACACCCUCGGCCACGAAUUCUUCGUGACGUCACCAUCCGCGACAUGAAGAUUAUCCCAACCGGUAGCCAGUUUUUAGCCAGUGGUGUUGUGGAGGGACGACUGGUCCUUCCUACGGGAAUUACAGUUGGCCUCGAAGUUUUUCAUGUACUACCCGAUUUAAUCAUCUUCGAUGGCGAGGUGCCACCAUCCAUAGAUUGGCAUAAGAAGCACAGCAGUGCUCCAGAUCUUCCGCCAGAAGUCCCCCUCCCGGACCCGUUACCUGAAAAGGCAUUUGGACACAUAAGGCCAGAUGACUGGUUGGUCUCGGUUAGUGUCCCUGUCGUUCCUAGACCAGGCGAAGGAAAGAGCUACGCUAUUUCAGCGAAGGUUGUCGAUGUUCCUGUGCAAGUUCUACCUGGCAGACAGAAAGAGUUCAGUAAUUUUGUCGGAAAGGUUAUUUUCGGGUCUGGUGGUGCAACGGCCGGGCUCUCUGGAUCCGCAGCUGUUAACAUCGCUGUCGCAGGGUUGCCUCUCCAAGGACCCGGACGCAAGGUCGGCGAAAUUGUUCUUUCAGGUCUACCUUUUCAAGGCAAUGUGCAAGUGGGGAAGAAAAGCUUCCUUGUCGGUGAAGACCAUACGCUUGAACAUUUAUUUGAAACACUCUCUUGGCAGCCAUCCUUAUGUAUGUGGAAUUGCGAUUCUGCGAAUUCCGUUGUCCGAUGUUCCGUGGUGUUGGGAACACAAAUCGCGGCGCACAUGAUUACACUUGGGAAUAUCCGUGUGGUUGAUGCAGCGAGUUGUCUCAAUGACCUCCAUGCUCCAACAGUGUCCAAGAAGGGCCCAAAUGCACAGCGCAGGAUUGUCGUAGCAACCAUAACAGCUCUGUACCUUAUGUGCGCUGUCAUAUUUAGCAUGAACUGGUACAGCCUAAAUUGGACCUUUGUCGACAACGGAGAAACGAGGGAAACCAUGUUUAUCGCCUCUGUACAAGCUCCUGUUUGGACAUUCAUAAUAUACGUCAUGCUCCAGUUCUCGCUGCCCAUCGUCGCUGAUUCCCUUCUGAUAUGGCGAUGUUUUCAUAUCUGGGGUCGCUCAUUGCGUAUCAUCUCCCUCCCAUUAUUUUUUCUUCUCUCAGAAACUGGAGCUAUCGCUUCCUAUAGUGCUGGCCAGUUCUGGCCACAGGUGGUUCUUCCAAUUAUUGGAGGAAUGGCUCCAACCAUGGUCGUCGCAAGAAUUUCCAUGACAAGUUUUGACAACACCCAUCUCUCCACUAUCACUCAUUUAUCUGGUCUCAAGUUCCAGAGCGGACGAACCAGGCAAGAUGAGACUAGUAUUGAUGAAGAAUAUGUAUCGUCUACAGAAAAGAUCCAUGGAGAUUCCAAUACGGGUUCGGAACCCCUGCCAAAUCGGGUGUAA